AUGAGGAUUGUCCAGGACAAUGAGUCAAAGAGGGUAUCCCCACAACUCUCCUACCAAGCAUCAGCCACAGAGAGAGACAAGAACGAAAGCGUGAACUACAAUGAGGAAAGUUCAACGAGUGAACAAUGGGUAAGUAUUACAACUACUCCCUCUAUUAAAUCAUCUCAUAUCUCUAAUUCGGAAGAUAUAGUAAAUGAAAAUAUCGAAUUUUCAGAAACUGUAAUUGAUAGCUUUUCAGAUUCUAACUCGGAAUCCUCUGAUGGUGAGGAUGAUGAAGACGAGUUUUUAAGUGAGAAAGAUAAAUCAUUACUGGUUAGUUUACGCCAAUAUGCCAUCGAACAUGGAAUAGAUCCCGAGAAAUUUUCGGUCAUUACUGAGGCCGAGAAAAAAAGAUGGGAUGGAGAAUGUUUUCGUGGGGAUUUGGAAAGAGAUAUACGUUUCUAUAAAGGCGGGAUAAAUAGGAAAGAAGACACUAGAAAAUAUCAUAAAUUUUUAACAGAUCGGGAGAGGCUGGUCGGUGAAGAGUUAUUGCGUCAAGGUAUACUAAAAAGUGGUUUGAGUACUGCAUGGCUCGAUAAUCUUAUGGAAGAAUGGGAAAAAAUCCAUGCUCAAUUCACACAGAUAUCUUUUGAGGAAAAGACUUUAUUUGAACCACG